AUGGUUGAGAGCGGAUGUAGCUUACUAAUUCGUAAUUUAAAUUACGAUACUAGUCCAGAUAAAGUAAGAAAAAUAUUUGAAAAUGUUGGAAGAGUUAAAGACGUCUAUUUACCUUUAGAUCACUACACAAGGAAGCCACGUGGUUUUGGAUUUGUAGAAUAUUUUGAAUCUAAAUAUGCAAGAGAAGCUAUAAAUAUUUUAAAUCACUCAAGAAUUGAUGGUAAUGAAAUUAGAAUAAUUAUUGCUCAGAAUAGAAGGAAAUCACCUGAUACUAUGAAGUUUUAUCAUAAUGAAUAUCUUUAUAAUUAUAGACAUAAAGAUAAUAGGAAAUAUAAUAAUAAUAGAAACUACAAAAGGAAAUACAAUAAAUAUUAUAGAACCCAUGAAAGAGAUAGAAGUAGAUAUAAAAGAAGAAGUACCAGUUCAUCUUUAGAGAAAUAUAAAAAAAGAAAAAAAAAUUAUACUAAAUAUUCAACAAGUACAGAUAGCCAUAGUCUCACACCUUUGUCUUCUUAUUCUUCUACUACAUCAUCUAUAUAUAAAGGAAGUGAUGAUAAUGAAUAUUAUAAUACAAGAAGAAAAAGAAGAAGAAGAAGAAGAAAAACACCAAAAAAAGAAGAAAAAACAACAAAAAAAGAAAAAAGACAAAAUAAAGAAAGAAGACUAAACAGAGAAAGGUCUAUUAGUGAUACUAGCAGUUAUAGUAGUCUUAGAGAAGAAAAAAAAGAAGAAGAUGAAAAUAAACAACUGGAUUAUAAUAAACAUAAAGAUCAGAAUAAUGAAAAAGAUGAUAUUAUUCAUACAGAGAAUAUUUCCAACAAAGAUGUGAAAAAUAAAAAAGAUGAUGAUCAUAAAAAAAAAAGACAAAAAAGUUAUAAUUCUUCUGAUAUUCAUUCAGAUAGUAGCAGUUCACAGAUAGGUUCUAAAAAAUAUAUUGAUAGUAAAUUAGAUAGCACAGAAAAUAAAACUAAAAGAAACAAAAUUUAUAAAAAAGAAAAAAAUAAAAAUAAAAAUAACACUAGUAGUAAUAAUAAUAGUAAUAGUAACAAUAGUAAUAGUAAUAAUAGUAGUUAUAAUAAUUACAAUGAAUACACAAAUGAAUCAAACAGAAAAUCAUUAAGUCAUGAAACGGGUUCAAUAGAAAAUGAAUCUAUUUGUGAAAAAGAAAAAAAAAAAAAAUAUAUCCACUCACAUGUUAUCACAACAAAGGAAUCACAAAGUAUAGAUAAUCAAAAAGAAGACGUAGAAAAAAAAUAUACAGAUAUAUAUAAAGAUUUAGAAAAUACAAAUGAAUACAAUAUUAAUUCAAACAUGUCUAAUAAUUUAAAAAAAAAUAUAUAUAACAAGAACAAUUUUGAAGAUCAAUCAUGUAAGGUAAAUUAUGAUGAUAUAUCAGAUGAAAAAGAUAAAACAAUUGAAAAUAAUAAUAAACAUAAUAUAAAUUAUAAUAAUAAAUUAAAAGAAGAUAAAGAUAUAAAGGAAAACAAAAAUGCAUAUAUUGAAAAUUCUGUUCAUUUGUAUGAUAAGGAUGAAUUAUCUAAUCAGUCUCAAGAAAAUGAAGAAAAUGUUUUUUUUGUAAAAACACAAUGUAUAAAAAAUAAGAAAACGAAUUGUGAUAAAAAAAAUGAUUAUAUUGAUAAUGUUAUUGUCGAAAAAAAUAGUAAAAAAGAAAAUUAUAAUUCUCCUUCUGUCGCAUCUUCAUACACUUCAAAAUCUAUAUCAUUAUCCAAGUCAUCAUCUGAUUCAAUUUGUAAUCAUAAUAAUCAGAAAAAAAAAAAUCAUAGAGAUAUACCUUCUUAUCAUAUGAAAAAACCAAAAAAGAGGAUCAAUGAAAAUUCAACAAGAAGUAAAUCACACUCUGCAAAUACAUAUAGCAGUGAUGAUACUCAAAGGAGGAAAAAAAAUAUAAGUGUUGACAGUUCUAGAAGUAAUUCCAAGGAAAAUAAAGAAAAGAACAAAAAAUUUAAAAAUAAAUAUAAAAAUAAAGAUAAAAAUAAAAAAAAUAUUAUUUCUUCUUCUUAUAGAAGAAGUAUAAGUAGUAAUAUGAAAGACUCGAAAUCAUUUAAAAGCUACAUACAUGAUAUAAAUGAUGAUGAAGAUUAUAGAGAAUUUAAAAAGAAAUCAGAUAGAGACAAAACAAAAGAAAAAGAUAUAAAAGAUAAAAGAGAUGACAAAGAAAAAAAUCGUUCCUAUGAUAAUCCAAAUGGUAGUCCUUAUUAUAGUCCUAGAGAUAUGUUAUCACAUAAUUCUUUUGAUAAAAAAAAAAAUGAAGAUAAUAUAUCACAAGGAAAAAGUCCAUAUCAAGGUUCAAAGGAAAGUUAUUAUAAUAAAAAUAAAGAAAGAAUCUUAUAUAAACAUACAAAUGAUAAAUAUUCAAAAAGACAAAAAAAUAAAAGCAGAAGGACGUCGUCAAAAUAUUCUAACAUAUCUUUUUCUUAUGAUAAUAAAAAAAUAAACAAACGAAAUAAUUACAAUACGAGGAAAAAAAAGAAUUAUAAUUCUAGGAAUAGCAAACUAUCAAGAAAUUCUUAUAUAAGUUCUCCAUCUAGCAAAAAAAGAACAGUAUCGAUAGAUACAUCAACUAAUAGUAACGAUAGUUAUUAUAGUUCAUCAUAUAGAAAUAAAAAAAAAUAUAAAAAUAAAUAUUAUAAUGAACAUAAAUAUAAAGGAUAUAGAAAAGAAGAGAAACAUUCAAAUUUUAGGUAUCAAUAG